AUGGACUUCUUGUCACUACCAGCAGUAGGCAAACUCAAGAAAGUCUUAGUCAUAGCGGAUUACGGCUCGCGGUACAUAUGGGCUUUUGCUUUUGGCCAAGAGCGCAGCAAAGAAGUGUUGAAUGCAUUGACCCACAUGAGAGACAAUUGGACACUACCAACGUCGAUCACAACAAAUAAUGGCAGCCACUUUGACAAUGCGGAUGUCUAUGACUUCCUGGACAAGCAUAAUAUCCAGCAUCGACUUACCCCUGCUUACGCACCUUGGGUCAACGGUCUCGUCAAGCGCAGUAAUAGGCUCAUAGUAUCAACACUUCGAAAGCUCUUGACGGCAAGUAACCUUGACAAUUGGCCAAGCCAUCUCGGAGAGGCGACUAGGAGCAUCAACCAUAGAGUCAUUCCCGGCAUCGAGUACUCUCCAGCGCAAAUCCUGUUCGGACUCACCACGAAGACCUCCCCGCUGGAUCACGCACCGGAUGAGGAAUCCACAGUGGAGGCAGCAGAACUCCACUUAGCACUGCUCGACGCGACUAGAUGGGACGCGGUGAGAACGCUCGCUAGCCAGCAGCUUCGACGCAAGGCGCUACAUGACUCAAAGGUACGCGAGCUCACCCUUGAAGUCGGAGACUUGGUUCUGCGCCACGAAUUGUGGCUCAAAUUGCAAUGGUCCAAUAAGUUGCACCCUCGAUGGUCGGGACCUUAUAGAGUCAUGCAAGCCUACAAGAAUUUGGCAGUAUUGAAGACCCUGGAUGAAGGUCGGCAGAUCGGCAGCCAGGUCCACAAAAAGAGACUCAAGUGUUUCUUUCCGGCUGAGGUGGAACCUCCGGCCUUGAGGCACGCGUCCGCCUGA